AUGAGUGUCCCGGGAUACGCAUCGCCUACAGAAUUCACGGGCAUCUUCUCAGCAGCAAGCGCAUGCAGGCCUGAGUACAGCUCUCUACGACUACGGUCCACAAUCUGCUCUUCGUCGACGAUUGCGCGCGCCCAGUGCUACGACGGAAGUGGACUUGCAGCGGAGCAUGGACUUCCUCAACGCCGGUCGCACCAACGUCAGCCCGACUAUCAACACGGACAAACCGGCGGUCAUGCAUCAACCGUCACUCAACACGCAACACUGCACUCCUCCUCAAUCACUUUCAACGGCCACCAAAUCAACACCGUGGACAAUUUUGCUUAUCUCGGAAGCACAUUUUCCAACAUCAGCAGAAUCGACGAUGAGGUUGUUUACCGGAUCUACAAAGCCAGCCAAGCCUUUGGUCAGCUACGCAACUCCGUGUGGAAUCGUCACGGCCUCCAACUGAAUACCAGGCUGAAGAUGCACUGGGCUGUCAUCCCGACGACACUUCUUUAG